AAAUAAUGUUGUCGUUGUGCUGCCAAAGGUUGAGUAUAAAUAAUUUUCGCAUAGUAACCAUUAAGCAUUAGUGUGAACUGUGAAGUCAUAAACGCACGCACCGCAGCAGCUCACAAGAAAAAUCCGACACUAUUUUAGUUCAGACCCAUUUGCCGAAAAUAGUGUAAUAUCAUGAAAGCUCUAUUUGUUAUGGUGCUUUUGAUUGCAGCUGCUUCCUCUCUGCCACAAUUUGGUGGCUUCGGUGGCGGUGGAUUUGGUGGUGGAUUCGGCCGUCCUGGAUUUAGUGGCGGAGUUGGUCGUCCUGGCUUUGGUGGUGGUCCAGGCUUUGGUGGUCCUGGUUUCAGUGGCGCUCCCGGCUUUGGUGGAGGUCCUGGCUUUGGUGGAGGUCCAGGCUUUGGUAUUGGUCCAGGCUUUGGUGGCGGUCCAGGCUUUGGCGGUGGUCCCGGAUAUGGAGGUGGUUUCGGAGGUCCUGGUGGUUUUCGACGAGGUGGUGGUGGCGGCGGUGGCUCUGCUUCAUCAUCAGCAUCCGCAAGUUCUAGUUCGUCUGGUGGUGGUGGUAGGGGCGGUGCUUCGUCUUCAGCUUCAGCAUCUUCGUCUUCAUCGUCCUUCGGCUAAGCUUUUUUAGCACUUAGUAUAGUACAACUUUAAUAGAUUAAAUAAAUACGAAUUAAGUGAGGGCGGGAUGAACCUUUUUUAAUAUGAACUUUUGUAUUGAGAAACUUUUUUAUUGAAAUAUAUAGUGAAUUAAUUCA